GGAGCGGCGGCCGCAGCCAAGGGGCGCUCCGCAGCCGCCACCGCUCCCGCCCGCUCCGCCGGGAUUACGCCGAGACGCAGCGGCGGGGCAGCGCUUCCAGGUAGAAACUGAAAGCAAUCUUAAACAUACCAGGUGCAGAGCGGAAUACUGUAACCAUGAAUGACAUUGCACAGAAAACUGAGAUUCUGCUUUCUUCAUCUAAACCCGUCCAAAAGUCCUAUGUGCCCAAGCUUCACAAGGGUGAUGUAAAGGAUAAAUUUGAAGCUAUGCAGAAAGCAAGGGAAGAAAGAAAUCAAAGGAGAUCUAGAGAUGAAAAGCAAAGAAGAAAAGAACAAUAUGUUAGAGAGAGAGAAUGGAACAGGAGAAAGCAGGAGAUGAAAGAACUGCUUGCAUCUGAUGAAGAUGACGAUACAAAGUCAUCUAAGACAGACAAAGGUUAUGUUCCAAAGCUAAUAGGAACUGUUAAAGGCAAGUUUGCAGAAAUGGAAAAGCAAAGACAAGAAGAAGAAAGAAAAAGAACGGAAGAAGAAAGAAAGCGCAGAAUUGAGCAGGAUAUGAUUGAGAAAAGGAAAAUUCAAAGAGAAUUAGCCAAAAAAGCACAGGAGAUUGAUGACUUUAACAAUACGGGAACUGAAUCAGCAGCAGAGGAAGGGGAUGAUUCGCUACUGGUUACAAUAGUGCCUGUAAAACCCAACAAAACACCUGGGAAGAUGAAAAUAAACUUUGAUAACACAGGAAAAGAAAGAGCAGAACAAAAAGGAAGACCAGAUGAAGAAAUGAAGCUUAAACAUGAGGAACAAAACCAAUUCCUUAAGGAAACCAAGUGCCUUUCAUUUCUCACGGGUGAAAAUCAGGACAAUGAAACACAAGCAUCUCUGUCACCUGGUAAGCUGAAAGUAACUUUUGAAGAACUUGAAAGACAAAGACAGGAAAACCAAAGGCGGCAAGCAGAGGUAGAAGCAAAACAGCGUUUAGAAGAGGAAAAACGUGCCUUUGAAGAAGCGAGGCAGCAAAUGAUAAAUGAAGGUGGCCAUGAAGAAUCUGAAAAUUCUGGUAGAGAAUUCCGUCCUGGUAAACUUAGGCUCAGUUUUGAGGAGAUGGAAAGACUGAGGAGAGAAGAGGAAAAGAGGAGAGCAGAACAAGAUGCAAGAAGACGUAUAGAAGAAGAGAAAAGAGCAUUUGCUGAAGCACGGAAGAACAUGCAGGUGCUGGAUGAUGAUGAAUCACCAGAAAUGUUUAAAACAUUUUCUCAAGAAUCUCUCAUCCCUGGUAAACUGGAAAUCAACUUUGAGGAGAUGCUGAGACAAAAGAUGGAAGAAGAAAAGAGACGCACGGAAGAGGAGCGUAGGCAAAAGUUGGAAAUGGAAAAGCAAGAAUUCCAGCAGUUAAGACAAGAAAUGGGAGAGCUGGAAGAGGAGUCUGAAACUUUUGAGCUAAGCAAAGAAUAUGAAGAAUUAAUAAAGCUAAAAAGAAGUGGUUCUAUUCAAGCGAAGAAUCUGAAAAGCAAGUUUGAGAAAAUAGGACAAUUAUCUCAAGAAGAAAUACAGAAAAAGAUUGAAGAAGAACGAGCCAAAAGAAGAGCAAUGGAUGAAGAAAUAAGAGAAAGGGAAGCUGAGAAGUUUCAAGAGGAUGACAAGGUAGAUGUGAGACCAGCCAAGAAAUCUGAGGCUCCAUUUACUCAUAAAGUAAAUAUGAAGGCACGUUUUGAGCAAAUGGCAAGGGCUAGGGAAGAAGAAGAACAGAGGAGAAUUGAAGAACAAAAAUUACUCCGCAUGCAGUUCGAACAAAAAGAAAUUGAUGCUGCAUUACAGAAGAAAAGGGAAGAAGAAGAUGAUGAUGAGGGAAGCGUUAUUAAUGGUUCUACUUGUGAAGAUGAGGAAGAUCAAGCUCGAUCUGGAGCUCCCUGGUUCAAGAAAUCACUGAAAAACACAUCAGUUGUUGAUGGUGAGCCAGUGAGAUUUACAGUUAAAAUUACUGGAGAACCAAAACCUCAAGUCACAUGGUGGUUUGAGGGGGAAAUGUUGCAGGACUCUGAGGACUAUCAAUAUAUUGAAAGAGGAGAAACCUAUUGCCUUUAUUUGCCCGAAACCUUCCCAGAAGAUGAAGGUGAAUAUAUGUGUAAAGCAGUCAACAACAGAGGCACAUCUGCUAGCACCUGUAUUCUCACCAUUGAAAGUAAGACUGAUGACUACUAAUGCUCUACUUUAGCUGGAAUCUUUCUUCCCCUCAAAACUUUCUUACUGCAUCAUCUCUUUUUCUGAUGGGGCCAACUAAAGAAAGCAAGGAUAUGCAUUGUCAUUCCUGCAUCAGAUAUGAAUAACCUUCAAGUUGUGCAUCCAGGUUCCUUGCUCAGUACAAGAAUUUAGUAUGGCAGGCUAAAAAGAAGGAAUCAAUGUGUGAAAGAUCAACUAAAAGGAAAAACUGAAUGAUAGUAGCGCUCCCAUAUUUGAAGACCAACUGUUGUGUAAUAGUAUAAAGCUAAAUACACAAUCUGGAAACUUUUGUAGUAGUGUAAAUCUACUGGUAUAGUUUUGCAUGAGCACUAAAUAUUUAAGCUGUCUUACUUUAUCCCAGAGGCAUAGAACUGGCAAAAGGAAAUACUUAUCCAUGAUUUUUCAAGAACUCAGUGUAUUAUUUUUAAACAAUAAAAGAUUACAUAACUGCUGA